AAAUAUUUACCACCUGAUCGCACGUGACCAAUAAAAGCUUACACAGGACGAAUCUCGAGGCGGUCGAUGUUCCUGCGCGUAUUUCUUCGCGAAAUUCCCUCGGAAUUCCUUCGAAAUUCUCGGAAAACGUACGGAUCGGCUUCCCCGGUGAACGAGGAGGAAACGAAAAGUGAGCGAAACGAAAGAUACGACCGCCGCCGCCGACGGUUUCCAUUCUUUUCCGAAUCGCGGAGGGGUAGCGACUUUUCACCGGUUCCCAAUUGAGAACCCCUGCCGCGGAGGACUCGCCGAAAUGGGAGGAUUUUUGGGAGCAUGGAAAAAGAGCGACGGCCGGGAAGCACCGCGGAAAACGAGACACGCAGGUUCGCUCGGUUAUUUUCGCCAGGAAUUUCUGUCAAGUUGGAACGUUCGCCGCGAUGGAGGACGAACGGAAAGGGAAAGUUCGGUGCGUAGACCGACGCACGGUGAGCGACAUAAUGCGUCCGGCCGCACGUGUCACCCUUCCACGACAAUAGGAGUAGACAGUCGACUUUCGAGCACUGCCAAGAGGCGGAGUUGUCACGCUGGCCAGGUUUGCGACAGGUUACCGAGCAGUUUUGGCAGGCCGCACGCCGAGAACCGAUCCGGGAGAGUCGGGCUCGCGAAUCCGCGAAAUUAAUGUCGCGGCCCGAUGAGAGAAGGGAGAGGCUGACAGUCCGGGGAGAAGGUGAAAGUGAGAACCGUUCGCAGGCAUAACCUAAAAAUAAGUUGUAAACGUCUGACAUGAUCGUGCCAGAGCUGUUGCCCUGUUAACGAAUGAUUUUACGAGAUCGGAGAAAGUAUGGAGACGUGCAACGAAGGGGGCGACCGGACCCCGUCUGUCACUUCGGUAACACGAAAAACUUGGUCGGAACUGAGAGGUGUCGUUAGCGAUCUACGCAGAAAAUUGUCCGGGAUAUCGGCCGUUUCUGUGCCCGGAUCUAUAACGUUUCGAUCCUUACCCGAUGGACGGACUAGAAUAUAUUUUCUUGGCAGCCUUAGCAACAGAUGGGAAACUACGUUGUUGUCUGUGGACAUUUUCCCUUUCGAUCUGCCUAACGGUUACUUACUUCACUGGCAACCUGUUAUAGAAGCAAAUUUUCAAACCGUAUCGAGCACUAAAAUACUAUCGAGAGAAGAACAGCUAUUAUGGGAGAGGAAGAGAUUAGUUACGUGCGGCAUUACCAGCUAUGAACUACAUCCGGAUAGCGGGAAGCUAGUUUUUCCAGCUGCUAGCAGCCUUUACCAAUGUAUAGACACAGGAUUUGUGGCUGGGCCUCUUUUUCCAUCUGAGAUUCGUGCAUCUACAUCCCGUGCAAAACUGUGUCCACAAAUCUGCCCAUGGAACAAUGCGUUAAUUGCAUAUACUUGUUCAGGAGAUCUGUAUUUAUCCCAUAGUAUCACGGGAUCUUCGUUAAGAUUGACUCAUGCCAGAAAAGGUGGUAGAAAUUUAACGGACGACCCUCUUACAGCAGGCACUCCGUCUUAUGUAAUGCAAGAAGAAUUUGCUAGGUACGUCGGUUACUGGUGGCAGCCGAAGUCCAACGACGGCAUUUAUAGAAUAGUCUACGAGGAAGUCGAUGAAAGCGAUGUCAAAAUUUUUUGUUUCCCUUCUCCGUCAAACUCCGAAGAGAUAGACGAGUUCAGAUUUCCCAGAGCCGGCACAUGCAACGCGAAGAGUAAUCUGAAAAUGGUGCAAUUCCGAUUAACGGAAACGUUACAAAUAGUCAACAUUGAUAUCCUGGAACUCCAACAUUCGUUGCAUAUUAUGUUCCCCUGGAUGGAGUACAUGGUCAGAGUAGGAUGGACUCCUGACGCGCAAUACGUCUGGGUGCAGCUGUUGGAUAGGAAACAGCAAAGGCUCGAGUUGGUUUUAUUAUCGAUAGAUAAUUUUUGUGAACCACCCCCGAAUGUAUAUAAUUGGGAAAAUCACUUCACACCACCGACGGCGAGUGUUCAGGUGAUAUACUCUGAACAGAGUCCGACUUGGAUCAAUCUUAACGAUCUUCUUUAUUUCUUGCCAUCCGACAAUCCAACGGAAGUGAAAUUCCUCUGGGGUAGCGAGGAAUCUAACUUCCGGCAUCUGUAUCUCAUUACGUCUAAAAUAUCAGGCAUAAACAAUGAAGUGGAGGAACCGUUAGAUAGUAUAGUUAGUAUCUUCUUGCAACCACGAGUUACGUCUAAAGUUGCUUUAACCCAGGGAGAUUGGGAGGUGCUAGGCAAGAAAUUGUGGGUAGACGAAGCCAACUCCAUUGUUUAUUUUCGUGGGUUGCGCGACGGUCCACUGGAGCAGCAUGUUUACGCUGUAUCCUUGAAUCGACCGUUGGAGGUAAAGCUACUCACAACGCCGGGUUACAGUUACAACAGCAUAUAUUUUAAUAAGGAAUGCACAAUGCUAGUGGCCGUGUAUAGCUCCAUCAAGACUCUACCCACCUGUCAGGUAUUCAAAAUAACGCAAAAAGAUUGGACAGUGGAUAGCAUCUGUUUAACCCCCGUUGGAUAUUUGCUAGAACCAUCGUCUCCCGAAUCGGAAUUAUUCACUCCGGAGAUUUAUACGCAUAAAAUAUCAUCCGGCGACAUAAUCUAUUCUAUGAUCUUUAAACCACAUAGCUUUCAACAAGGCGUAAAAUAUCCUACGAUACUGAACGUUUACGGUGGCCCCGAAGUACAAUUAGUAUCAAAUACAUUCAAGGGAAUGAGACAUUUGAGGAUGCAUAUGUUAGCUGCUCAAGGUUAUUGCGUGGUAUUGAUUGAUAACCGCGGUUCCCAUCACAGGGGUUUAGUGUUUGAGAGUCAUUUGCAACACAGAUUGGGAACAGUCGAAUUAAGUGAUCAAGUUGAAGUACUGAAGUGGUUGGCGGAAACAACUGGUUACAUUGAUCUAAACCGCAUAGCUCUUCAUGGCUGGUCUUACGGAGGAUAUUUGAGCCUUAUGGGCUUAAUACAAUACCCUGGAGUGUUCAAGUUGGCUAUCGCUGGUGCUCCGGUUACAUCUUGGAACUUUUAUGAUACCGGAUAUACUGAACGUUACAUGGAUUUGCCACAAAAUAAUCCUCAUGGUUACAUGACUAGUUCAAUCCUAACUUACGUGGAUAAAUUCCCCGACGAGGAGAAUCGAUUAUUGAUCAUUCAUGGACUCAUCGACGAGAAUGUGCACUUUUUUCAUACAAGUCAAUUGAUCGAUGCACUCGUGAAGUCUGGGAAACCAUAUCAAUUGCAAGUCUACCCCAACGAAAGACAUAGCCUUAGAAGUUUAGAUUCUAGUAAACACUACGAGACCACACUAUUAUUUUUCUUACAAAAUCAUUUGUGAAUUCGUUGCUUCCGAUCAAGUAUAAAGUGAUAAACAUUGGUUAAAACAGAAUUUUAUCACGUCAAGCGUGACUGCCAUUACUUUAUGUACAUAUAUUAAAUGAAUUGAAAAAUGUUCGUCGUGACUAAGAGUUCGCGAUUACAUUGCCUAAAAACACUCAAUAUUUAUCUCGGGUGGUAUUAUGAUUUUAAAGAAUGAAGAAUAUAUAACAGAUAUCCCGGAACGUACAUGAAGAGAUUACAUCCGUUUAUAGCACUGGAAGAAAUUAUUAGCUUGCAUUUGACCGUAAUCUACAGCCAUCGCGUAACUUAGCAAACACAAUUUUUGCAGCCGUUUCAAUGAGCUACUUGUAGAGCUUUACAACGAUAAGAUUUAAUGUUACUUUUUUAUGAAAACGGACAAUACUCGCAACUCCUUUGUACAUAUAUACAUAUGUGUCAUUAGAACUGCAUAAUCUUUUUUUAGAAUUGUCCUCUAAUUGUACUUACAAGAUAUACAUAAUCUUCACUAGAAAUAUAUCUGUUUCUUGGCUGUCACCAUUUUAUGUUUGACUACUUGUGUACAUACGCGCGAGCAAUCAUUCACAUUUUUACAAUAAACAUUGAUGAUAAGUAUUUGAAUGAAAAAUUAUCCAUAAUGUUUCACCGUUUCAUACCCAAUUAUUGACUA